AUUCCCAAUCAAAAUUCCAGAAAACCCCUAAAAAUUAACAUGUCUCCGUCACAUUUCUGAUCAAAUUCCACAUGCGAAAAUGGUGAGCGAGCAGAGAGCAGUGUGUCCAGAGAACGACGAUUUGGUAGAAUACAUGCGAAAAUGGUGGACAGAAAAGAAGGCGGAGGAUAAACCAACUUUUACUCACAACACUGAGAAAACCGUUCUUAAAGCUUUCACUAAUAUCUGUAAACACAAAACUCCCAUUACUACUCUCAAGGAAUUCAAAGAAAUCAAGGGUAUUGGGAAAUGGUUCGUGACUGAGAUGCGAGAAUUUUUCAGCAGCAAUUCUGGUGCUUCUGAAUCUCAAGAUGAUGAUUUGGCAAAAGGAGGUAAGAAGGCUAGAGGCUCCAGGAGAUAUCUGCCAAAGAAAAAUUCUGUUGCUUACGCAUUAUUGAUUUCUUUACAUAGGGCAACUGCUAAUGGGAAGGAAUUUAUGCAUAAGCAAGAGCUAAUUGAUACAGCUGAAGCAAGUGGUCUCUCGCGAGUGCCAAUAGCGCCAGAAUUGGGCAGAGGUAAACAGAAGCAAUUUGGUAGUUCCCCUAGGGAUUGGUAUAGCGGAUGGAGUGCAAUGUCGACAUUGAUUGACAAAGGUCUUGUUUAUAAGACAAGUAAUCCUGCAAAAUAUAUGCUAUCUGAUGGUGGUCGUGAAGUAGCACUAGAAUGCUUAUCCCGGUCUGGUAUGCUCGAUACUACUGCAAAUGUUGUCAGCAGGGAAGAAGCUUCAGAUUCAGAUAACCAAAAUGUGGAGAAUUUGGAGUUUGUUGCUGCUGGUUCACCCACAUCUCCUGAUCUAAACAAGAAGGGCAUGAACGAUGAUAUUUCCGUGGAGUUUCUUGAGAGGUUCACAACCCUGGGUUACACAAGAGAACAGGUUGUACAUGCUCUGGCGGAAGUUUCUGUUUGUCCAUCACCCCAAGAAAUAUCUACACUUUGGCCCCAAGUUCUUUGCCAACUGCGAGAAAAUGAAGUUUAUUGUUUUCACUCCAAUCCCCAGGCAACAGUAAGAAGGAAUUCGGGUGAUGUAUCUACUAGCAGCAGAUAUGUUGAAGGUGAACAAAAUCUAACCCGUGGCAUAAAUCCAAAUGGUCUUACUUCCUUCACAUCAACUCCGGAUUAUCAUGGAAAAAAGGCUAGUCAAUCUGUUCACCAGGCCAGUCAAGUUGUUCUUAGAGUGCCACCACUUGAAGAUUUGCAGAAGUUUGAAGAUGCAUAUAAUGUUGUCUUGAUUUUGGAUGACCGAGAACACUUUAUCAGGACAAAGUCGAGAAUGCUCAUAGAAAAGAUUUGUGAUGAAUUUAAAAUUCUUAUAGAGGUCAGACGUUUGCCAGUAGGAGAUGCAAUAUGGAUUGCACGUCAUAAACAACUUUUCACUGAAUAUGUUCUUGAUUUCAUUGCUGAAAGGAAAAAUGUUGAUGACCUACGUGGUUCAAUUAGAGAUAACCGCUACAGGGAUCAGAAGUUGAGACUUCAGAGAACUGGAAUCAAGAAGAUUAUGUAUGUGGUUGAAGGUGAUCCGAACGCUUGUGAAGGAGCUGAUAGCAUUAAAACAGCUAGCUUUACUACCGAAAUCGUGGAGGGAUUUGAUGUGCAAAGAACAAGUAGCCUGGGUGAUACUAUUCGCAGAUAUGCGUUUUUGAGUUUGGCAAUUACUGAUUAUUGUAAACGGAAUUCAUCACCUGGUUUGGGAUGCAAAACUGCGGGUGCCUGUCCUAAAUAUAAUCAAUUUAUCAAAAAAUGUGAAGAUGCAGAUAAGAUGUCAGUUAGUGAUGUUUUCGCCACCCAACUCAUGCAGGUUCCUCAGGUUACUGAGGAGGUUGCUAUGGCUGUCUUGGAAUGUUAUCCAACCCUCUGUUCUCUUGCUUAUGCAUAUGCUGCUCUAGAUGCGGAUACUCUUGCUCAGGAGGAGUUGCUGAUGAAGAAAAGCGAGGGUUCUGUCAACGCAUCUGCUAGUAAAAAUAUCUUCCGCUUUGUUUGGGCAGAUUAGUUCGGACCUGCUUUUGAUACAAGCUAAGAUGUUUGCGUAUCAAUUGAAGCUCAAUUUCAAGGAAAGGCUAUCAAGUACAUGGAAUUUUGAUAUUUCUGGCCUCACAAUCGCAUAGGUAUCAGGUAUGGUGCAUGGAAGCUUUGUUUAUAGCGUGCUUGCUUGUACUUGGAAUGCAUUAUUCUACAUUUUGAACUUAGGAAAUUGGAAUGUGUAUUUCUCGACCUGCAACUUAGCUGUGUGACAUAAAUAUAAAACACAAAGUAAUGAGCUAAACCAUAGGCAGUUGGAGAAAAUUCUAAUAAUGUAACUUUCAAUCUCACGAUUCUCAACUGUAUACACUGAAUUCAUAUACUAUUUAUCAAAAAAAGUACGGAAAUUUUAGUAA